GCCAUGACCAAGUGAACAAGCACAAUGAUUCAAACACCGACGGCAAACCAUGAACUACUGUAGACUAAGAUAUAGUAUGAUGAAUACAGCGGUCUGAGACGUCUACGGAACCGCGUCUCAGCCUUCAAAGCUGGGGGGUCUUCUCGGUCACGCAGGCGGCAGAAAAAGAGGCCUCCUGCCACUGCCAACUCCGUCUUCGUCUUCUUUAGUCGCUUGUCUCCUCAUCCUUCUAUUCUGCUUAUUAUUGAGUUCAUGAAGGUCGAGCUCCGAAGAUGUUUUCCUCCAAAGCAAUCCUUGUUUGGCUUCCCCUCCUGUUCUGCUGCUGUCUUCUCCGACCUGUUCGUUCGUCGGUUUCUGUCUACAACUGGAGCUCUUCAGCGACACAUCGAUCUCGGCUUCGCGGGAUCGAAUUGCCCACCCACUUGAGCUUGGAGGCCAUCACCUCCUCCGGGGAGCCCAGCUGCGACCACCAGCUCGACGCGGCCGGCUCUUCCGCCGGAUCGCCGAGCAAAGAUAGACACAGGCCAUUAAAUGGCGCUAUGGAGAGAGGGGUGGAAGACGACGAAGGUGCGAAGGAUGGCGCGGCACCGGCCUUGAGGCUCCAACUUAAGCAUCGGUCCACGAGGGACGCAGCGGCGGCCGACAGGACCAAGAAGGAGUCAUUGGAGCAUUCGACCUAUAGGGACGUCCUCAGAAUCGAGACUCUCUUUAGGAGGAUCACCGAAAGGAAGAACCAAAACGCCAUCUCCCGCCGCGCCGCCGCGGCUGAUCGCCACCCGGUCGUUCCGGAGAUGAGCCAAAAGGCGGCCAUGGCGACGCCGCCGGAGCUGGCCGGGCGGCUGAUGGCCAGUGUCAAAUCCGGCGCCACCCUGAACUCCGGCGAGUACUUCAUCGACGUCUUCGUCGGUACGCCGUCGCGCCACUUCUCCCUCAUCCUCGACACGGGAAGCGAUUUGAAUUGGAUCCAGUGCCUCCCCUGCCAUGACUGCUUCGAGCAGCACGGUCCCGUCUACGAUCCCGUCGAAUCUUCCUCCUUCCGCAACGUCAGCUGCUCCGACCCCCGCUGCGGCCUCGUCUUGUCGCCUGGCCCGCCCCAGCCCUGCCGCACCGCCGCCGCCGAUGGCGGCCGCGACCAGGCCUGCCCCUAUUUCUACUGGUACGGCGACCGCUCCAACACGACAGGCGACCUCGCCCUGGAGACCUUUACCGUGAACCUCACCGCACCAGACGGGAGCGGCGCCGAGUUCCGCCGCGUGAACGACGUCAUCUUCGGGUGCGGGCACUGGAACCGCGGGAUGUUCCACGGCGCCGCCGGCCUCUUGGGCCUCGGCCGCGGGCCGCUCUCCUUCUCCUCCCAGCUCCGCUCGCUCUACGGCCACACCUUCUCCUACUGCCUCGUCGACCGCAACAGCGACCUCAGCGUCAGCAGCAAGCUCAUCUUCGGCGAGGACCAGCGGCUGCUCGGCGACCCGGAGAUGAACUACACCACCUUCGUGGCCGGGAAAGAGAACCCCAUCGACACCUUCUACUAUGUCCAGAUUGAGUCAAUCAAGGUUGGCGGCGAGGCAUUGCAGAUACCAUCAGCGACGUGGGAGCUGGCGAAGGACGGCAGCGGAGGGACUAUCAUCGACUCCGGCACGACGCUGAGCUACUUCCCCGACCCGGCCUAUCGGAAGAUUAGAGAAGCCUUCGUCAAGAAGGUUAAGUACCCAUUGGCAGUAGACUUCACAAUGCUGAAUCCUUGUUACAACGUGUCUGGAGUGUCGAAGGUGGAGCUGCCGGAAUUCGCGAUCAAGUUCGGAGACGGCGCGGUCUGGAACUUCCCGAAGGAGAACUACUUCAUCAGGCUGGAUGCGGAGGAGAUCAUGUGCCUGGCGAUCCUGGCGACGCCGCAGUCGGCGCUGUCGAUACUGGGCAAUUACCAGCAGCAGAAUUUCCACAUUUCGUACGACAUGAAGAAUUCCCGGCUGGGAUUCACGCCGAGGAGAUGCGCCGAGAUGUAGAGCCAGAAGCCACCAGGUUCCCGACGGCAUUCCAAGGAACAGAAACAAAAGGAAAAUUUCAGUAGGUGUGUAAGUGUAUUGAGCUUUGGUCACAGCUUUUUGCCCCUAAAGGAAAGGUAGGGAGCUCAACAUUACAGCAAAGCCAUUUUUGUCACCUUCCUUUUCCUUCUUCUUCUUCUUGCUUUUCACUUUUGGCCUGGUUCUGUAUCUACGUAGGUCGGUGCUCCGUUACUCAUCACACAGAGUUAUAAUCUGUAAGGAUACAGUCUUCAGUUCCCUCACCAUAAAUGUAAGAAGGGAAAUCCAAGAUUCCGCCA